GGACUAAAUUGCGAUUGACAAAUGUGGCGGUUUCGCGGGCAAAGCGAAUGUCUUCGGAAUCGUAGAGUAUUUUUUGCGUUGGCUGCGUUUUUUUAACAGCUUUUAAGCUUAUAUGGUGUUAAAAAAAGUUCUCGUGAAUAAUCAUCAAUCCCUAUUGGAUGUCUUAAAGAAAAGAGAGAGUGAUUCGUUGCCAGGCAAUCUUUGAUCGCGUCCUUGAACUUUCUUGAAGAAAUUGUUGAUCAUUGCCAUCCAUUGGUGCAUUUUUUUUUUCCAAAUGAAGAAGUCUUCGUCAAAUUUAAGUGCUUCCACCCCAAGUGAGAUAAGAAGUGAAACGAAAGCAAGGUUAGCCUAUUAAUAUAAGUCUUCUUAUAGCUUUUAACCUGUACAAUUCGAAGCAUCUACUGCAGCCUGGAGGCUGCUGUCACUUGCAGAAGUCUACUAAGUUUUUUUGUAAAAUUAACUGCUAUGUAGUCCAUAAUAUUUUUUUAAGAUUCAAAAACAUGCCAUUUUACAGAUUCUUCAGGAUCCUUCAGAUGAGGACUAAUAACUGUUUUAAAAACAUUGUUUAAAACAGUUGCUAGUCAAAAUCUGAAGAAGUUUAAAAAAUGUCUGUGCACACUGUCCCUUCGAAUUCACUGUGUUUCCAAAAAUUUAAUAAUCCCCAAUUGCUGCUCAUUUAAAUGACAAGACUCUUAAACAAACACUGUCAGAGCUGACAUUCUAUCACUUAAGUACUUUAAAAACAACAUCCAAAGAGAACUGACAUUCUAUCACUUACUUUAAAAACAACAUCCAAAGAAUAUUUUUAUGAUACACAUGUCAAGCAAAAUAAUUAUGAAAAUGCCACUGGCAGUACUUGUCCGCCCCCCCCCCUCCCCCCCAUAGGUUCUUGCAUACCUUCUCUAGAUUCUAGGUUAAAAUAAUCUAUUGUUAACUUGUGGAAUGUCUUUUUAUCAAGUUCCUUCUCAGGAAGCAGUCAAUAUAUCCUCUGCAGUAACUAUAUUGUAACAUGCACUCUCAACAAUCUGUAAUGAGGAAAUAGAGGGUUUGAUAAAAGACUGAUUCUGAAACAAUUAAUGCAUUAAUUCUUGGUUUGCAACCACACAACAAGGGAGCCAUGUUGUUUGACAAAACAGCUCAAAUUGUUCUCACAGAAUUUGCAGGAAAAAAAAGUCCAGUUCUAAGUGGGGGAAUUGCUGUUGAUCUUUUCAGCUACAUUGUAAUGUGGCCCCCAUGUCAUCAGCUGAAUCACUUUUUUUGCAUGUACUUUCUUUUGUAGAGACCAUGAACUGAAAGUCAUAACAGAGAGAAUUAAUCUUGCAGAGAGGCAUUUCAACACAUUGUUAAAAGAUUUUGCAGCCUUAAGCACAGGACUGGUAUCUCUGCAAGAAAAAGGCAUGAAAUUAUCCAAAAGUGUUGACCUGUAUUCUGAUGAGGAAUAUCCAUCAAUGAAAGCAAGUUUGGCUGGUGUCAGCGAAAACAUAGCUUCAUUGCAGGAUUUCCUGGGCGCACAGGUAAAGUACUGGAAUACAUUGCAAAUAUACAGUCAAACCCACUUUACGGACACCCACUUAAUACAAACACGGCUAUAAGGAUGAAUUAAUUUAUUAGAGAAAAUGUAAGGGCUUUCUUUCACCAGGGACAAAGCAAACUGUCCAUAGUAACAGGUUCCCUCAGUGGCUGCGCUCACAUCUACGACAUAACUAAAGUUUAACUUAAGUUAGUGUCAAGUUACAUGAUGUCAUACCUAACUGUAGUUAGUGCUUCCGGUCGACAUUGCAGUCACACCACACAGUUAUAAACAACAGCUAGUUCUAAUUAGCCUAUGUAAAUUUUUUGUUUGUUGUUUUUGGUUUCGCCCUUUUUUCACGCUUGGUUUUUAUUUUGCAUAUUUAUGCUCAUCUCACACUUGUGAAAAGAAGUGUCACAUUCUGAUUGGUUGUUUGUUUGUAAACUUAAGACUAACUUAAGAACCCUGCUUGGGUAUAACUAUAGUUAGUCUGUAUCGUUUUGGAUCACCAAGGCGUAAAUUUUCUAACUAUAGUUAGAGCGAACAGAGAAGCGGUCACAUUACUGAAAUAGCUAACUACAGUUAUCUCCAUCUUAACUAUAGUUAGUAGCCCAGAUGUGACCGCAGCCAGUGUCCUCAUUUAUAGGGGUUUGACAGUUUUGAAAAUGAUAAUGUUACAUUUUGUUUAAAACUGCUUUAUCCAAAGACAUCAGUAAUGGAUAAAACUAGUCUUUUCCUCACAUUAAUAAUAUUGCACAUGCUAUAGCACAGCCGACGCUAAACUCAUGGCUACCCAGGCUGGGCUGUGACUCAAAAACAGUUAGCUUAUAAGGAAAUAUGACAAGGAUAGCGUGGGAAGGGAUCUUUAACGCAAAGUUUUGUGAGGGGAUGGCUCUGUCUUGUGGUUCAAAUAAGAUUACCCUUUUAUAAGAACAUACAAUAGGAAUAUACCACUUUUGACCAAAAUGAUUCCCCUUAUAGUAACAGCUUGUAAAAACUUAAUAGCUACUUUAUUCUCUUUCCUGAGUUAAUUAACCUUGUGAAAUACAUGUACUCAGAUCAAUUCUAUGCAUCUUUUGGAAAGUUACAUAUAUAUGCACUUUGUCCAACCCUUUUAAAUUUAAAGAGUCAUUUUCUGUAACCUUUUCUAUUCCCACCUCUCAUUAAGUCCCUAUGAUUUUACACCCCUCUAGCCCUUUUAAGAAUAAGGUACAGGUACCCCUGUUAUGACGAGCAUCCCUGUAUAGUCUGUUAUUGGGUAACCUGCGAUCAGGCGAUUUUAGUUAUUGGGAGUACAGUCAACUCUUUCUAAGACGGACACCUUUGGGACCGGUACUAAGUGUCCAUUGUAGAGAGAUGUCAGUCAAAUAAAAGGAGUAAAGAAAGGCAGGGACCAACUCUAGGUGUCCAUUUUACAGAGGUGUCCAUCUUAUAGAGGUGUCCGUUAAGAGAGAGUCGACUGUAUGCCCUAGCUCCUCCCUCCACUGGUAAGAUGUUCUAUUAUAGGAGUAAGCGCUCCUCCCUCUGGGUAAGAUGUAAACACUUCUUUUGAUUAGGAUGAAAAGCUGCUUCCAGCUGAUUGACCAUUAAAUAAAAACCAAGUCCUUCUUAACUCAAAUGUUAGGAUCUAAACAUGUCAUAUAAUAGAAAAUAAUACUAUUUUAUUUUAUUUUCAGGCGGAGUUUGUGCAUGCAAAGGUUUCACCUCCUCUUUCUUUGAAUGCUACAAAUUGUAAACAUGCCAGAGAAUAUGUCAAAGAACUUAAUGCUACAAGAGAAAAGGAAAUACUGAAACGUAAAGCACUAGAUAAAGUAAAAACAAAAGAACCAAGAAACAAAGGAAAAAUCAUAUCCUUACAUAAUGCAAUUAAUCUAAAAGCAAAGAAACUAAUGUUACCUAACUUAAUGUUUUUUUUUCUUCUUUUUUUUUUUUCGUAUAGAACAAGCAGAAUAAAUUUAAAAUUUAAUUUUUAGCUUCAGUCAUUAUAGAUCCUAUUCCAUUUUCUUGACUAUUUAGAAGGCAGGUAUCUUUAGGGAAAAGAUACCUGCCUACCUGGGUCUCAUAUAUAGGCUGAAAUUUAAUCCUACCCCAUCGCUGCAUCCCACAUCCCUUCUUCAUCAGGGCAUCCAUUCCACAAUAAAUUCAUUCAAAUUGUAGUUAAUCUUGAGCUGCAUUGUUUUAUCCUUAACUGUUUUCAGUCCCAGGUGGGUAAAAAAAUUCAGUGAUCAACUUUUGCUGUGUCUCACUACAAUGACAUACAGAGAAGAUGAAGUGUGGCCUUGGUUGAGGAUAUGGAGGCACCAGUAAAUAUUUUUAUAGUGAUAUUGCAAGGGUUUUCAUGAGAUUUAACAGGCACACACAAAAUAUUAUUAGUCAGUACAAUUUGUUUCUGUAGAAACCAUGUGGUAAACACCACAUCCAUGAAAAAGGACCUCAUAAAUUAUUAUUAUAAAGCUUUUACCUAAAGACCUACCCCGGAUUCCAGAGACGGUUUCCCGUUUCGGUCAAGUCUUAAAAAGUGACCUGCUUCACCACAAGACGUGUCAGCCUGUAGCCGACCAAGCUCCUCGUCCCACGUGAGAAAAAACCUCUGGUACCCAGGGUACUAAAGACCUCAUUAUGGGUCAAAAUUUUAAAAGAAAAUACCCUUUACCCAGAACCCAUGGGUUAUAAUUUAACCCUGGGAUAAUGUUGAUUUGCUUUUGUGAAACUGAGCUCUGUUUUCCAAAAGUUUGACUAUUAUUUUUGUGACUGCUUUAGGAGUAGUUAAUGUAAAUUAGGCUAUGAUUUAAUCGUUUUUCUUACAUUUUGGUGCUUGUGUAAAUAGUAGAAUAAUUCUACUAUUAAUGUUUAACCCUUUUAAGCUUGAGCAGGACCUUCAGAAACUAACAGUUGAUGCAAACCGAGCAAGACAGACUCUUGAGGAACAGAUGAUAGAAUUUGAAAGAAAAAAGAUGGAAGACAUUAAGGUAAAUUUUGAUAAGAGAGAAAAGAAUUUGUAAUCCUUGCAUGAAAGAGAGUCGGUUUGAAGGGAGUAGACUGUAAAAUAUGCAAUACGGGGACACUUUCCAAAAGUCAGAAAUGUUCACUUUGAAACAAACCGCCUACCUACCCCUCCCCUAAGCCAACAUCAACACUUACUUCUCACUCAGGGCAAAAUGUUGGCUUAGGGGAGGGGUAGGUGGGGAGUUUCCCAGAAACAUGUAAUGAUCCAAAAAAACCUAUCAACCCCUUGCAUUUAGGAAUUGACUGAUUUGACUGGACAGUUUUGAUUAAAAGUGAGAUUCUUGUUACAACGGGAAUGGCCUGGUCAGCAAGUCCUGACAAAUGGAACUGAGUUUGUUGGUGAUGCUUCCAGCUAAUCCAGCUUAACUUCAGGGGCGGAUCUAGGGGGAGGGUGCAGGGGGUGUGCACCCCCCCCUCCCUGAGAUGACCUGCGGUUUUCUAAUACAACUGGUAUUCUGCAAAAAAAAACUAUGUGGUUUAUUGGUGUUGAAGUAGAGCAAGAGACGAGUGCACCCCCUCCUAAAAAAAAUCCUGGAUCCGCCCCUGAACUUGACAUCAUUCGAGCUUGUUCACAAGAAGAUGAGGCGCCUGCAACAAAGAACAAUGUUAUCUUUAUUUGAAAACAAAAAGAAAAUUUAAAACUUUGAGUGUUACCCUAGGAUUUCAAGUAGCUGGAAAGCACAAAAAUUCAGUUUUACAUGUAUUUUCUUCAGGCUUUGGAGGAAUAUUCUCGGUUUCCGCGAUUUGACCCAAAUACAGUACGGGAUUUCUGAAAACGCAAAAUCUCUUGACGGGAUACGGAAUUUGACUGCUACCCGGGAAGCGGGAUUCGCCAAAAUUUUGGCACGGGAUGCGGUUUUUGGAAAGAAAACGGUAUUCGGCAGGCGGUAUUCGGGACAGAGAUGUCAGAAGUUCGGGAUGCGGGAUUGUCGUGAAAAAGGAGCGGGAAUGCGGGAUCAGGACCCCCCCCCCCCCCCCCCCCCCCCCCCCCUUUUUUUUCCCGUUGUUUGUUUGUUUUUUUUUUUGUGGUGUGUUUUUUUUUUAAAAAAAAAAAAGGAAGUUUUUUUUUUUUUAAAAAAAAAAAAAUACUUUUUUUUUUUUUUUUCCGCGGGUGUUUGAUGUUUUUUUUUUGUGCGGACGUUUUUUUUUUUUCAAGAACAACAAAAUUUCAUAACAUGUCNGUUACUACGGUAUGGUCUUUUUAUGCAAUAAAAAGCAGGAGAUUUCUCUUAGAUUAAGAAACUAAUGAUACCUCUUUCAUUGUUCUCGCAGACGGUAUUCAGUAAUUUCUUUCAUGGCCAGAUGUAUUUUCAUGCAAAGGCACUAGAACUUUAUACAACUGCUAUUCAAAAUCUCGUUUCCAUGGACGAAGAGCAAGAUAUUGAGGUUACAUAGUUGUUGUUGUUUUUGUUGUUGUUGUUUUUUCUACCUUAAAUUUCAUAUUUGUUAUUUGUUAUUUGUUAUUUACUUUAAAGAACAAGUAUGUGCUGAAAGCGCGGGAAAGCAUGCAAGCCGCUGCAUAGCGCGGGAAAACUUGCAAGCAAAACUUGCAAACUCUGUUAUGCGCAGCAUAAGAAAGCAUGCAAGCCGCUGCGUAACAAGGGGAAAACUUAUGAGCUCUGUUAUGCACAGGAAAACUUGCAAGCUCCAGACUCCUACCUAGUUGCUUCUCUGCAUGGGCUGUGACUGCGCGCGUCAAAUUGCCUUUCCAUAUUUCUUUGCGAGAAUAAAUCUAAGUGAGUCUGUUGCAAGCUCUGUUAUGCGCAGGAAAGCAUGGAAGCCGCUGCAUAGCGCGGGAAAAACUUGUAAGCUCUGUUAUGCGCGGGAAAAUCAAGCGGUGUCGCGAAGCAUGGGAAAAGGCGUUGUAUUCAUCUUCACUGCUGUUUCUUUUUUUUUAUUUUAACGAGAAAAAUCAAACUUAAGAACGUUAGUCGACGUUUCGAUGUUGUUAAAAGAGUUCAAGUCUGAAUAAAUUAGAUCGUGUGUUCGCUGAUGCGCUGAAGUAGUUGUCGGUUGGUUGUGAAAAUUAAACCGACAUGAUUAACAUAACACAGGGAGUUUGGAGAUAAAUGAAGGCAAAGACCUACUAUAUUUACUGCACUUUUUUUUAUUGGAGAAUGUUUUAACUCUUGAUAGGCAUUUCAGAACGACCUUCAUUCCGCUCAUCACCCUACACGACUUGAUGUAGUAAGGGAUGGUUCUCAGACCUCGCUCAAUCGAUUUAGCUCCCAAGGAUCCUUGGGAUCGCAGAUGUCACUGAGCAAGACUGGGAGGAGUGAUAGAGGAGCCGACGGAGACGAUGAUGAUACUAGCGACUUCGAAUAA